AUGACGAGAGGAUAUUCAUUAGAACAAGAUUUAAGAUUAUUAGUAAAUAAUCCAAAGUAUAGUGAUAUAGAAAUUUUAUGUGAAGAUGGAAAGAAAUUACACGGUUGUAGAGCAAUUUUAGCAGCAAGGUCCGAAGUAUUUGACAGAUUAUUUUAUAAUGGAAUGAAAGAAAAAGAAUCUUUAACAAAAGAUAAUACUGUUGAAGCUUUUUACGCUGCAGUCUAUUUUCAAUUAUCGGACCUACAAGAUUUUAUUUUGAAAACAGUUAAGAAUACUAAUUUUGCAAAAAAUUAUUCACCGGAAUUACUAUCUAAAAUUUCGGAAAAAAUGCCAUUAACAGAAGAUAACGUUCUUCUUAAUUUAUUGGUUGAAGUAGUAGCAAAUAUUUCAUUAAAUAAUAUUAAAUUUGGUCGAUUGUCUAUCACGGGCCUUAAAUGUCUUUUAUCUUAUAUAUAUGAAAAAGAAAAACCAUUUGCAACUCCAGAAUAUGAGAAUCCAAUCAAAGUAAAAAAUAAAUUCAUUACCGAUCAUCGAAAAGUUGGCAAAGAAUUAGAACCUUUGAUUAAAUUUAUUGAUUUCAGAAGAAUUAAAGUUCAAAUAUUAGCUUAUAUUAUUGAACCAUUAGAAAUUGUUCCAGAUAAAAUAAUUUCUAAUGCUUAUCGAUAUAUAGCGUUAUCAAAUAAUUUAAAUUUAAAUAAUUUAAUUAAUACUCGUGGAACGUCAAUUAAUGAAAUUGAUUAUGUUUGGACUUUUAAAUGGGAUGUUAUUAUUAAAAAAAAUUGUUCAUGGUCUUGGGUUGGAGUAUGCGCAUCAAAAAAUUUUGAUUAUCAAACCUUUGCAGGUAAUCAACCUACUGGAUGGGUAUUUGGUUCCGGUGGUCUUUACAAUCCUGCUAGUGGAUUUUAG